CUCUCAAAAUAAUCCACACGUUAAUGCUACCUGAAAAAUCACGUAGAUGAAAGAAAAUGAACUCAAUAUUGAAUUUAUCUGUCAAAGCUUCAUCUCGCGUUCAUUCCCCAAGUUAUUCGACAAAAUGGCGUCUGUUGAAAACAAACUACGAGUAUUGCUGGCGGAUUUGGAAAUCACACAACAUUUAUUGCAGAUAUUCGAUGAGUGUGGAAUCGAUUUUCACGAUUUGCUGAGUAUUACGGCCGAUAAAUUCCGUGCAUCGUUGGAACCAACAAAAAUAAAUUGGAAAUAUCCGGUACUGCAACAGUUGGUGUCUUCCUGGAGAACGCGAAACGAAUCUCAAAUUGCUGAUUUUCUGAAAUCCUUGGAGCAACCAUAUCGCCUUCGGCUUACCGGUGAGGUGAGCAUCAUUCCGUUUACGUCUACUGCUGUAUCAUCAGACACCACGACCAUCACAACCCAUCAGUUUGCUACGAACGGACCGGCAUGUGAAUUCGAUUCAGACGUUCCAAUUUCCUCAAAUUCAUUUGUCGGGACACCAGCAUUUAUUCCAACGCAAAAUGUAAACAAUACGGACGAUAAUUUUGCUACUACUUCAGUCACCGGAAGUUCAACUUCCAUGCCACCAGAGUAUGUACUAACGCCAUCCACUGUUCAUGUAAAAGCUGCAGCAGCUGCUGAUUCCAAGGCUGUCAAAACUACGGACGCAUACUCCCUGAUCAAAACAACUUUACCGCUCCAGACAAGCAACCACUAUGAUGUUAAGAAAGCUGCAGCAUCCGAAGAAAAUGAGCUCCGAAAGCUAACUGAACUCGAAUCGAUAGUCAUUGGUUUACCAGAAUCGUUGGAAAUAACUUACACGAAGCCGGAUGAUCCGCCUGCGGUUGAGUUGAAUACUGCUCCGCCGUUGUUUGCGCCUAUCAACACUACAAGUCAAUACUACUUUGUCGGUGAGCAGAUAUAUAAAGUUGAAGCAAGAAACGAAUCCGACCCGGACUAUACAGCGGCAUCCACUUCAGCUAGAAACGGAAGCGAUUAUACGGCGGUAUCCAUUUCAGCGAGCGGUAGCUCCGAAUGCACAGCACCGGUCUAUGUCGUAAAUUCUCCUGAUAGUGCGAAUGUAACAGAUGGUACUUGUGAUACAAACGAUAGUAUUACAUCCAUUUCUGGAAAUGAGUCUAAUGUGCCCAAUGAAUCUAGCCUUGGCAUUUGCCAGCCGACAGAAGAUGGGAAAAGCUUGAAUGAAGCAGAGCAAUGUCAACAAAAAAGUCCUCUUCAAUCAAUUGUACUAUCUAAUGCCAUUGGUUCUUCAAAGACGAUUUCUAACAAUAAUGAUAAUCUACCACACGAGUGCAAUGUGUUUUCAACGAAAACCUUGGAACAGUUGCUGAAACGCUCCGAAGAAGGAAAGGAAAUUUUGCAGUACGGAAUCAAAUCUGAGCUUUCGGAAGCGAAGCAGUUAGAACUCUCUAGUAUUAUCGCCAAACAUCAUUUGAGUACGAGAAGUAAGCUACUAACCGAAGACCUCCGAACAUACGCCUUGGCAGUGACAACUCUAUUCAAGUUUGAGCGAUUGGAAAACUACUUCAUCUCAAGAAGCGGUGAUAGAAAGAACCAUGGCGGAAAAAUAGCCAACAAGAUUGGCAAUUUAAAGCAGAGAAAAAGGAAGCGAGAAACUAAAGAAAACGAAUACCAAGCAACAAAACAGUCUGCUAACGAUUGCCAGCCACCUCGGAACGCAGAAGCAGAGGAAGCAGCUGAAUGGUUGCUGUUGAACACUGAUCCAUGGUCUGUUGUUCUAGAAAGAUGGAAAAUCAGCUACGAAGCACGAAAGGAUGAUUUAUUAUCCCAAAAGCGUAUCACCAGAAUUCUUACGACAUAUCCGCAAUACAGAUGCCCACAUGGUUUCCAACUGGUAAGUUUAUUAUCUCUAGUCAUUCUGCAUAUGUAACUGAACUGAAUGGUAUUAAAAUAUAUUCGAAUUUGGUUCAAAAUAUCUGAGGCGAAGUAUCAGUAUAGUUUAAUU